GGCCCGAGACUCCAGCCCCUCCCCAGACAUUCUGAUAUCUUUGACCUCUGGUAGCUGAGAUCACAGCCUGAUGCAGGCAGCUUGGCUUUUGGGGGCCCUAGUGGUUCCCCAGCUCUUGGGCUUUGGCCACGGGGCUCGGGGAACAGAGGAGCAGUGGGAGGGGGGCUGGGGUGGUGCCCUGGAGGAGGAGCAGGAGAGGGAGGCCCUGAUGCUGAAGCAUUUGCAGGAGGUCCUGGGAUUGCCGGCUGCCAAGGGGAGCGAGAAUCCUGCCCGAACUUCUGAAGACAAAGAGGCCUGGGAGGCCGAGGAGACCCAGGGAGAAGAAAAGGAGGAGGAAGCAAUGCCAACUGCCUCACCCAGCCCCAGCCCCAGCCCCUCUCCCACCCCCGAGGACACCAUCACUUAUAUCUUGGGCCGCCUUGCCGGCCUGGACGCAGGCCUGCAUCAGUUGCACGUCCGUCUGCACGCGUUGGACACCCGCGUGGUCCAGCUGACCCAAGGGCUGCGGCAGCAGCAGGAGGUGGCGCGCGACACCCGCGACACCGUGGAAGCCCUGCAGGAGGCGCAGGUCCGCGCUGAGCGCCAGCACGGCCGCCUGGAGGGCUGCCUGAAGGGGCUGCGUCUGGGCCACAAGUGCUUCUUGCUCUCGCGCGAUUUCGAGGCCCAGGCGGCAGCGCAGGCGCGGUGCGCUGCGCGAGGCGGGAGCUUGGCUCAGCCGGCGGAUCAGCGGCAGAUGGAAGCGCUCAGCCGCUACCUGCGCGCGGCGCUCGCUCCCUACAACUGGCCUGUGUGGCUGGGCGUGCACGACCGGCGCGCAGAAGGGCUCUACCUCUUCGAGAACGGCCAGCGCGUGUCCUUCUUCGCCUGGCACCGCGCGCCCAGCCCCGAGCCGGGCGCUCGCCCUAGCUCUGCACCGCACCCGCUCAGCCCCAACCAGCCCAACGGCGGCGUGCUGGAGAACUGCGUGGCGCAGGCCUCGGACGACGGCUCCUGGUGGGACCACGACUGCGAGCGGCGCCUCUACUACGUCUGCGAGUUCCCCUUCUAGCGGGGGUCUUUGCUGCAUGCACCUUUGAGAGCACCCCAUCUCAGCUGGCUGGGGCUCGGCAGGGCUCUGGCGGGACCAGGACCCCUUCCAUCCUCCCACCUUUCCUGGAAGAUUGAACACCAGCUAGGUCAGGCAACAAUAAAGCCUUGUGGAAUCUGACCUGAGGGGUAGUGGGGACAC